AGAUCCCUAUACGAGUUUUUUUUUGUGGAGAAGAAAAAAAUUAAUUUACACGUAUCGAUUCGAAUGUGAAAAUAAACAGAUUUAUAAUUACAUUUUGGAAACCAAAACCUAUCCCACUUAACUACGAAUAUACAAGAAAACAAGAGAAAUGUUUGCGAACCUUAAGAAUAAGUUAAUCGAGGAAGUAAAAGCUUCACCUUCGAAAUUUUUCACACAGUCAAGUCAGGCAACAACGACAUCUUCGGCGUCUUCGACUACUACGGAAACCAAUGCGACAAAUAAUACCACUAAUGAGAACUUUUUUAGUAUUACUGAAGAAGAUACACCACAAAAUUCUCCCUACAAACCAUUGAAAUUGCCAGCUGGUGCUAUACGUGGUAGGAACCAAACAACUCCACCACAGGGUCAAAAUGGAGGUGCUAUACCAAGAACACGAAAACUUUCCAAUUCAUCAAUCCAAUCGGAUAUCUCAUUUCGUUUGCCCAAUUGGGAUGCCGGUUCGGUUUAUAAUUUCCAAUCAGAUUUGGAUGAAUCUGGUAGUGAAAUGGGCGAUGCCCCAUCCUCAGCCAAGUUGGAUGUCAUAACGAAGGAACAAUUAUUCGAUGCAUAUCGUAAAUCAUUAGAUCGUUAUCACAAAUAUCGAUGUCGUUACACAGAUUUGGCUAAAAAAUAUAAGGAUUUGGAACGCGAUAGUACGAAGGCAAGGUCCGUUUUGGUGGAAACCCAAGAGAAGGCUAUACGUCGCAUCAGCGAAUUGCGUGAACAAUGCUCCUUGGAACAACAGGCCAAGGCACAUUUGGAAGAAGCCUUACGCAUGGAAAUCGACGAUAUGCAAUGUAAAAUGCAAGCCUAUCAAACAAAAUUAAAAUUGCUGGGCGAGAAUCCUGACAAUAUUGCAGCUGCACUAUCGGGUCAGAACAAUGAACAGCUAAUCGAUUUGAGUAGCAACGAAGAAACGAAUAAACCCAGUGACGACACCACGACAUCCGCAACUAAUGACGAGUUCAAGGAACGUUUAGAAAGUUACGAAAAACUAAUACAAGAACGAGAUCAACACAUCUUAGAUUUAAACAAAAAACUAGAAUCACUCAAAAAACAAGAAGAGGAAAAUGUUUUGCUUUUGGCCCAGACUAAAGCAGCUAUACACUCAGAAUUGGAGAACAAAGAAGCUGAGGUAAAGAAGUUAUCCGAAUCGGUAAAACAAUUGCAAGCGGAAGUAAACAAAAAAUCUGCCACAAAUGAGGAGAUCAACGAACUAAAGGAAAAGCUAAAACAAACGGUUAGUUCCAAACAAGAAUUGGAAGCCAAGGUCAUUGCCACGGAACACAUUCUAAGUGAAUUAAAAGAAAAACACAAUGAAAAGGAAAAGACCACAAAAACCUUGGAGGAAAAACUCCAAUUACAGACCAAGGAAACAGCGGAGAAGUUACAAGAAUUGCAACAACAAAAUCAACAACUCAGUGAAAUGGUACAACGUUAUCAACAAAAUGAGGUCUCCUUGGCGGAGGUGGACAACGAAUUGAAUCGCACGAAAAAUGAAAAUGAUAUUCUAAGGGCAAGGCUUGAAAAUAGCGAAAAAGAAUUCAAUCAACGUUUGCAAUCUCUGGAAGAACUUAAAACAGAAUUGGUUACUAAAGAAGAUUUACUAAAGCAGGCUUUAGAAGAAUCGAAGAAACUGAAAGAGAAUUUGGAGGAACAGCAAAAUCGUGAAAAAGAAAUUCUGGAAAAGACCAAACAAUUGGAAAACGAGCUAAAAACUGCCCAGGAACAAAAUGCUAACACAGAAUCUGAAACAAUUUCAAAUCUGAAACAGGAACUGGAACGAAUUUCUGCCGAACUAAAAGAUGAAUUGAAAGCUACCAAAGACCAACUGGCCACAAAAGAAAAGGAAUUAAAAACCCUCACGAAAAAAUCCUCCAAGUCAGAAAAACAACAUGAAUCGCAUAUGUCUCAAAUGCAACAACAAUUCGAGGAGAUUGAAAAACUGAAAAAUGAUUUGCUACAACAGGAAAAUCUCAUUGAGGCUUUGCGUGAGGCAUCAUCCCAAAGGGAACAGGAAGCUGAACAGGAAAAGAAUGAUCUGAAGGCCCAAGUUACAGGGAUAUUAAGUGAAAUAACCCAAAUGGAGGAGCAAAUGCGUAUUGUCCAAGAAUCCCACAAAGAGCUGGAAACGGAAAAACGUCUGCUAGAAGAAAGGGUUGAAAAUAUGCAACAACAAAGACAAUCAUCCGAAGAAGACAAUGAAAAAUGGCAUGAACUACUGGAACAAGCCGAGAUGAAGCUACGCGAAAUGGAAACUAAACUUCAAACGGUGGAAAGUGAACAUACCCAAAUUGCUGAAAAGAAUUGUUUGUUAGAAGAAAAUACGCAUCGUUUGGAAAUGUUGCUGGCCGAAAAGGAAAGGCAACAGGCGGCCACCGAAGAAGCCUUGAUAAGUGAGCUACGCCUAAAACUGCAAACCACAGAGAAUUCCUUGCAAAAACUCAAUGAAAAAAUGCAAGAAGUUUUACAUGAGAAUUCCCGUCUACACAACAAUCAGGAGCUAAAUGAUCAUGAUUAUCGUAAUUUGCAGGAUAAGUUCGAUGCAUUGGAAAAGGAAAAGGUUAUAUUGGAGGAUAAUCGGGAUUGUUUGCAACAUGAAUUAGCCGAUAUAAGAAUUGAAAUGGAAGAAAAGCUGAAAAAAUUGGAAGAUCAACAAAAAAUUUUGCAAGACACUCAACACAAGGUCUUGGAAUUGACAAAAUCUUUGGAAACCAAGGAGCAGACCUUAAGUGAGGAGCAGAAACUAAGGGAGCAAUUGGAAAAGGAAAGGGGUAAUCUCAAGGAGCAAUUGCAAAACCUCGGUGAGAAACAAAACGAAACUGAAGGCCUAAACGAAAGGUUAAGAGAAAAACAACAAGAUCUCGAGGAGUUACAAAAACAACUUGAUGAGUUAAAGGAAACUGCCAAGGAUUAUGAGACUAUCAAACAGUCCUUGGACGAAGAGAAGAAACAAAAAAUAUUGUUGGAAGAGGAAAGGAACAAUCUCCGACAACAACUCGAAACAUUUGACGAACAACAAAAUGAAAUGCUUCUCCUUAAAGAAAACCUUAACGAAAAGCAGGCUGCUCUGGGGGAUCUUGAAAAGCGAGUGAGUGAAUUAAAACAAGCGCAUAUGGAAAUGGAAAAACAGAAACAAGAAUUAGAAGAAAAACUUAAUGAUUUCGAUGCCAGCAAUCAAAAAUUGGAACAUCAAUCGGAAGAAAUUGUUAUGCUUAGGGAGCAAAAUUCCUCAAUGCAAAAAGAGUUGAUGGAAAAUCAAAAUAAUUUGAAAGAACUGCAGCAAAAACUUGAGGAUCUCAAAGCUUUGGAGACAAACAACGAAAACAUCAAUGAAAAACUGAAACAACUGGAAAAUCAUAACAAAGACUUAGAGGAUAAAUUGAAAGAAAUGCAAGAACAAAAUAAGCUCCACGAAGAAGCUCUUUCUCAUGCAAAGUCCAAAGAAAAUGACUACGAAUCGUUGAAAGAAAAUCUUGAGAAACAAUUGGAAAGCAAAACAAUGGAAUUGCAAGAAUUAACUUCUAAAUUGCAAAAUGAGGAAGAAGAAAAAGCUAAGCUUCUACAAUUGGUGGCAUCAUCACAAAAACAACUGGAAGACUUGCAAAAGAAAUACUCCUCAAACAUUGAAGAAAUGGAAAAACUGCAAGACCAAAUAAACAAAUUCAACUCCCAGGCCUCUAACACGGAACAAUUGCAGCUGGAAUGUGAAUUCCUGAAUAAACAUGUCAAACAAUUGGAGACAGAGUUGGCCCAACACCAGGAUAAUGUAAAAUCCAAAGAUUUGGAUACCCAUGAAUUGAAAGACAAACUCAAAUCUCUACAAUGUGAGCUGUAUGUACUUAAAGAGAAUGCCGAACAACAUGAAAUUGAUAUGUUGGCCAAGGAGAAACAGUAUCAAGAAAGUACGGCCCAUGCUAAGCAAUUGCAGAAUGAUUUGGAAAAGGUGCAAUCCGAAUUGCAACGACAAUUGGAUCACAUCAAGUACAUAACCGAACAGGAUGAUACAGUGCAAAAAGAACUACUGGCCACACAAACUAAACUUAAAGAAGUAGAAACGUCCAGGGACAAUCUAUCGCAAGAGUAUGAUCAAUUCAAAUCCUCAACAACAGUCAAGGAACAAGAACUAACAACCCUAAAUGAGCAACUUAAAUUGGAUUUAGAAAACUCGGCACAGAAUUUGGAAAAAUUACAAACCGAACUUAAACAAUUGAAUACGGAACUUGAGGAUAAACAGAAGCUGCAAGAAGAGUUGAAUUCCUUAAAAAUAGAACUGGAGGAAAGGGGAAAUACCGUUCAGAAAACUCAACAAUCGCAAAGCAAUGAAUUACCAACAAAUAUUCCCACGGACUCUGAACAUUUGCGCAAACUUAACGAUACUCUACAACGAGAAUUGGAAGAAUUAAAACACAAAUCUUCAACGGAAAUAUCCAAUUUGCAACAAGAAAUGGAAGAUCUACAAGCGACCAACAGUCAAAUGGCCGAACGUAUUAUGGAUUUGGAACGCAUUAAAGCCACACUACAGGCCCAGAAAAUGUUCGGCAUGGAAAUGCAUGUUGAACCUAAAGUCGCGCCUGGAGUUGCCUCCACCUCCACCUCCAAUGCCAAUAACAAUACCAUUUCGAAUAGCUCCAAUACAGAUGCGGAGAAACAAGAACUGGAAGCAAAACUAAAAACCAUCAUGGCUGAAGUUCAAGAUGUCUCCAAUCGUAAUAUUUUCCUAGAACAGAAAUGUGAAAAUUAUCUCAUUUUGGAACAAUCCAAUGAACGUUUGAAAUUACAAAAUGCCAAACUGUCAAGGCAAUUGGAUGAAACAUUGGUAUCCAUGCAACACAACGAGGGUAUAUCAGCCAAUACCGAGUUCGAGUACUUAAAAAAUAUUAUGUUCCAGUACCUAACCGGAUCAGCAAAUGGCAACAAUGAAACUUUGGUUAAAGUAAUAUCGGCGGUGUUGAAAUUUUCACCACAACAGACACAAGUAGCUUUGGAAAAGGAACACCAGAGGAGGUCGCUGCUAAGCAAAAUUCUAUAGCAAGAAAAUGAAAAAAGUUACUACAUUUGGUAGCAGUAGCGUAUAGGUAUGAUAGAUAUGUAACAAAAAAUUAUUAACAUGUAAUUAAUAUUAUGAUCUACCUUAAUUAUUGUAUGUAUAGUAUAAAUUAUUAUUAAUAAUAUUUCUUUUGAUAGAUUUUAAGUAAUAAUAUUAAUAUUAAAUAAUAGAAAUUAUGUUAACUAAGUAAACACAUAAAGUACCUUUUAAUGAAAACAACAACAAGCUGAAAACAAUUAUAUACAACAACAAAAGUUAUAGGCAAACACACAGAAAUCCUAAAAUGCUUUCUACGUAAAUUAAAAAAAAAAAAAAACAAACAAAACAUUUUUGUACGAUAACCGCAAACAACAAGAACACAGAUAAAUUAUAGUAACUGUAUAGACAAAAAUACAAAACAAUCAGCAAAUUUAUCUAAUUGUAUAAAACAAAAAUAAAUAAAUAUAUUUAGUUAUAGUACUGCAUUUUAUAAAUAUUAACACUUCAUAAUCCCACAAAAUAAUAUUCAAUUUAGUUAACAAGAAAAAAAAAACUUGCUUCAAAGUGUCCCGUUCGCUGAACCUUCAAAAAUUUAUAAUGUUUAUAUUUGUUUGUCCCUUUUAAAGGUUUUGUUCUUAUUUUUGUAAAUUAUUUAUUUUUCGCCAGUAAAUUUAAUAUCUUUUUGUUAUCGUUCCUUUGAUAUUGUUAAAAAUCUUACAAACAUACAGUGCAAUCCUUUUUAUUAAAAAAUCAAAAGUAUCACAUACAAUAUCCAGUAAAUGCCAUAAAUUAUUGUAUUUUAUUUUGUAUGAAUGUGUAUUUUACAAUUGAAAUUUGUGUUUUUGUUUUCUUCUCCUGUAUAUACCUAAUUACACCAUUCACAAACAUGUUUUAAUUAUGUUAAGCAAUAAUUUACUUUGAUUAAAAAAAAUAAUAAUAAUCAUUUAAAGAAAAAUAAAGAUUAUAUAUGAAAGAAAGAA